AUGAAAAGUGGAUGUUGUAAAAGUCAUGCAAAGCAGUUGGCUGACGUAUUAGUUGCUGCUGAUGUUCGCGGUCAUUAUAGUCAUGGAUUAAAUCGCCUUGAUAUGUAUAUGCGUGAUGUAGAGAAAAAAGUAUGUAAUGGUGAUGGUGCACCAAUUAUUUUGCAAGAACGAGAUGCAAGCGCUUGGAUAGAUGGUAAUAAUUUGCUUGGUCCAGUUGUUGGUAAUUACUGUAUUGAUAUUGCUGUUAAAAAAGCGAAAAAAGCCGGUGUCGGUUUCGUUGUUGCGAAAGGCUCAAAUCAUUUUGGAAUAGCUGGUUGGUAUAGUAUGCGAGCUAUGGAUCAAAACUGCAUUGGAUUGGCAUUUACUAAUACUUCGCCAAUAAUGUAUCCAACAAGAAGCAGUAAAGCAGCUCUUGGAACUAAUCCACUUACAAUUGCUGCGAAAGGAAUGCAUGGUGAUUCUUUCGUUUUAGAUAUGGCAACGACAUCUGUUGCAAUUGGAAAGGUGGAAAUUGCAUCAAGAAAAAAUCAGACGAUUCCGAAAACAUGGGGAGUGUCACAAGAUGGCCAUGUUAGUACAGAUCCACAGAAGAUAUUAAAAGAAGGUGGUUUAUUGCCACUUGGUGGAACAGAAAUUGAAGGUGGUUACAAAGGAUAUGGACUAGCUGCUCUCGUUGAAAUAUUCUGUGGCAUACUUGGAGGUGCCCAUUGGGGUCCUAAUGUUCGGAAGUGGAUGUCGACAGCUGAUAAGGCUGACUUGGGCCAAUGUUUUAUCGCUAUUGAUCCCACUGCAUUUGCACCAAAUUUCAGUGAGCGUUUGCAAAAAUUAAUGGAUACAAUGCGCAAUCUACCAUCGAAUGCUGGAAAGAAUGUUCUCAUUGCUGGUGAUCCAGAGAGAGAACAUAUUGAACUAGUGAAAAAAUUAAAUGGAAUUCCUUAUCAUCCAAAACAAAUCGAAUAUGCAGUGAGUUUAUUUUAUGUACUUUUUUCGCCAAAAUAUUAUAUUUCCUUUCUUCACAUAUGCCAUUCAAAUUAA